GGAGUCUUAGUAAUAGGAUCCCAUUUACCCUUUGAGUACGGAACCCUAAUAACCUUAACUGAGUAGUUCCAAACUAAUGGCAUUUACAAUUCUUACGUUUUACGUUCUACUGCCAUCUAGCGGCGAGUAGAAGAACUAGGUAUUAGUAAAUCAAUUUGCUUGUUCAUAACAUAUACUGUGACAAAAGUAAUGAGCAUUGCAGCAUCUAAUAAAAUAUCAACACCAUAAUUGCGGCUAAUAGGCACUAAAAAUAAACACAAGACUAACAUGUCCUACCCAAAAUAAUUCAACGUUCUUCCUUUAACACAAGUCACCCAAGCAGGCCAAGCAAGUAACCGUUUUUAACAGCGCUCUCUGUUGAUAUUAUCACGAACUAUGCCAGUAAGUUUCAGACACUGAAUUAACAGCGCAUACAGAAAACCAUUGUCGAAUAACUUUUGAAAUAGUUUAACAAUACAUAUGUUACUUAUUUACUAUUUUGGUUUUUUAAUUAGUAAAAUAAACAAAUUGCUGCUCUUUUGUGAAAAUUACACAAUAACUGUAAAAGGAAUACGCCUGCGAAACGACAUUCCUAAGUUGUCUAUCUCUCUUCCACUAACGCUUUGUUAAUAAUAUUGGAAAUACUUUUGUCUCUGUCACAUGAAGUGUGUAUUUAUUAAAACUCGUAUGUGGGUGUGAAGCUGAGCCGUGAAGUGAAACGAAUUUCCGGCCCGCAUUUUAAAGAUUUAUGAGUGAAAAUCACAUAAAACUAGUGCUGAAACCCAAAAAGUGCAAUGUACUGAAUAUUUGGAACAAGUAGCUAUGAAAUUCAUUAACGUGUCAUUAAUUUAAUUAGCAUUCUCUCACAUAAACAGCUGUAGUUGUGUGCUUACUCACUUCACUUGUUGCACUUGUCGUACUUUCAAAAACUUUAUUCCAUUGAAUAAUAUACCCGUUUUCGUGAGAAUGGUAAUCUGUUAUCUUAAUUGAGUCGAUCUAGAAUUAAAAAAACAGUUUAUGUUAUCUAAUUAACCGUUAUAACAGUGAUACGGGAUCGUGGGAGCGUGUGUUUUCGUUUUCCGUUUGUACGUUACGAUGCACCUGCACUGCAGAUAUUAUGUCGAUUGCUGCAACGCACCGAGUGAACAAUCGUGACACGGUUGAACGACUAAAUAAUGAAACUCCUGUUAGUUACCCAUGCUUGUUGUGACGAGACAGGUGGAACGCGAUCGUACAAGUCUGUGAGGAGUCAUCAAAAUCCAAAAAUGAGUCAUAAGUAGUGAUUGGAAUGCAGAUUUUGUUUUGUUUUUACUUGUGCCGAAUGCGUCACUAUUAAAAAAAUUACUGGCUGGAAGCAGGCAAGAAAAAAAAAAGAUAUUAAAAAGUAUACUCAGGCAAUAGUAUUUAUGGUAUUUCCCCUUGCCGAAAAUGAAGUGGUAUUUUUGAUAUUUCACAAGAAACAGCAGUCCUAUAUCAAUGGAUUCUGACAGGCUGUCUUCAGCAAAUAUUUCAACGCACAGUUCAGGGACAGCAGGGACAGUUGGAGGAUCUGUAGUGGGAGUCAGACCUGGUGAAGCGGGGCUUAAAAGAGAAGAUGAGGAUGAAUAUAACUUGGGCCCUUUGCCUCCGAUGUGGGAGAAGGCAUUUACACCUUCAGGAGAGGCAUAUUUUAUAGAUCACAAUACUGGAACUUCCCACUGGCUCGACCCCAGGCUUGCUCGGGUACGGAAACACUCACUAGGAGAAUGCGGAGAAGACGAGCUGCCAUAUGGAUGGGAGAGGGUGACAGAUGAGAGAUAUGGCUCAUACUAUGUGGACCAUAUCAAUAGGCGGACACAGUAUGAGAACCCGGUGCUUCAGGCUAGGAGGUUACGAGCGGAGAAAAUAGGCCCCGAAAAUGGAAACAAUGGCCCACCGAAUGGAUCAAGUUCUUCUGGAGAGCUGCGGGGCGAGCGGUUCGCGCUCACGCUUACUAAAAGCACGCAGGGUCUGGGCUUCACAUUGAUCGGUGCUGAAGGUCCACCAGAAACGGAGGGGUAUCUACAGAUACGCAGCAUUGUGCCUAACAGUCCAGCAUGGAUUGAUGGUGCCCUGCGACCGGGAGACGUUCUCGUCGGAGUUGGAGGGCGAGGAGUGCGAGGCCUGUCACACGCGCAGGUGGCGCAGAUGUUCCAGAACAUCGCUCCCGGCUCCAGCGUGGCACUGCAUCUCGUCAGAGGUUAUCCCCUCUCCUUCGACUCGGAAGACCCGAACACCCGCGUGCUCAGCACGUUGGCGGUGGACGCCAGCACUCCGGCCUCCUCGGACGCCGUGGCCAUGCAGCAACUGACCAGAGCCUUGAGGACAAGGUUCAACCUAGAUUCUCCAUCGAACACGAGUUGUGGUCGCGACGAGGCGGACACGGCGACCCCUAGUCCGGGACAGCGGAGGCUGCUGUCCCGCUCCUUCGACCUGGACGCCGUGAGCGACCAGCGGGACCAGGGGCCGGCACCAGGUAUGUGUCCACACCGCGACCCCAUUCUAACAUAUUCAACCAAGAACUACCAGCCGGGCGGCGGGGGCGGCGCGGGCGGCGGGGGCCGCGAGCUGCAGCUGCGGCUGCGGCGCGGCGCGGCCGGCUUCGGCUUCACCGUGGCCGACAGCGUGCACGGCCAGAAGGUCAAGAAGGUACUGGAUCGAUCGCGAUGCUCCGGCGCAGGAUUACGCGAGGGGGACUUACUGCUUCAAAUAGGAGACACCGACGUGCGCCACGCGCCGCACCAGCGGGUUGUACAGGUCCUGAAAGACUGUCCCGCCAUGCACGAGACGACGAUCCGAGUUUGGCGACGAAACAAUGCGGCUGGUAAAGCCCCGCGCAGCCGCUCGGCUACUCGCGUCCCGCCUGCGAACACGGCAGCGAACAACAGUCAACUCGGAAGAAGCAAGACUCCUACCGCAGAGCAACUCAGAUCACCUUCACUGCACACGGAGGACUCGCUGAGAGACAGACUCGAUGCUAUGAAUUCUGUGGAAGCGACGUACGCCGUGCCGGAGCCCGUGGCGCGCGGCGGGCUGCGGGAGCGGCGCCGCCGCAGCAGCACGCCGGGCUCGCGCCUCACGCUGCCCGCGCAGCCCUACGCGGCCCAGUGGCAGGUCUGUACUAAGUAAUAUCCGUCGCAGUGGAAGCGACAAACGUGGGUAGACAACUCUAACAACAUUCGAAACUGGGCCGAAAACUCACAGAAAUGGGAUGACAACGCCCAAAAGUGGGAAGAAAACGUCCAAAAAUGGGAACAAAAUGAACAAAAAUGGGAACAGAAUGACCAGAAAUGGGAGCAGAACGGGCAGAAGUGGGAGAACGGGAACGGGUGGGAGAACGGGGAGAGAUGGAACGGGAAUUGGGGCGAGGUGCCGACGCCGACCGUCCACGUGGACAUGAACGCGGCGUACUGGAGGGGGAACGCUAGUGUCGCGGACAGCAGCGAUAAUGGAGGUUUCCCAGAAGAUGGCAUGCUGCACUCGCCCACUACAGCAGCGUUGGGAGGGCUGCCGCCGCAUGCCCAGUCACCCUCCACCAGUCGGAUGAGGCCGCACUCGCCUUCCAACUCCACAGGUCGCAUGAGGAGCCAGUCGCCCGGCAGCACCAGCGCCUCCGAGCGGCUGCUGCCCGCCGCGCGCCUGCACAGCCGCUCGCCCUCCAACAACUCGCCGGCUAGAAGCAAAGACAAUAUGAGAAUGCGAGAAAAUUCCCCGCCCCGACACAUGCACUCUCCCGUAUCUCGAAGAUCGCCGUCCUGUUACGAUAACGACUCCAUAGCGCAGCAAAAUGCCGUCUACGUCGGGAACUAUCCGCAGGUGGAGGCAGGCGGCGCCGCGGACCCGGAGGCGGACGUGCUGGUGCGGCUGGCGCGCGGCGCGGCCGGGUUCGGGUUCCGCAUCGUGGGCGGCACCGAGGACGGCAGCCGCGUCGCCGUGGGCUACGUCGUGCCCGGCGGUCCGGCGGACGGGCUGCUGCGGCCGGGCGACCUGCUGACGUCGGCGGACGGCGUGUCGCUGGCGGGCGCCACGCACGCGCGCGCCGUCGCCUACGUGUGCCAGGCGGCCGCCAGGGGACACGUAACACUGGGCGUACGCCACAAUCGAGCCGACAUACAAUCUUUAGGUUUGCCUACAAUGCCCAAUCAGCACCAACCUUUACUUACGUCGGCGGCCGCGCAGCCCCCCUACGGGCUGGUGCACCCCGCGCCGCUCUACCCGCCCGCGCCGCCGCAGCCCGGACCCAUGUACGGGGUGCAAUACGACACAGCUACAGGCGGGUGGUCGUCGGUACCCUAUGACGUCACAGUCACGAGGAACGAGGGCGAGGGCUUCGGGUUCGUGGUCAUCUCGUCCACGAAUAAGGCCACUAGCACUAUUGGCCAACUGAUCCCGAACUCGCCUGCAGCCCGCUGCGGCCUGCUGCACGUCGGUGACACCAUCGUAGCCAUCAACCACACGCCAGUCCGCAACCUGCCACAUCCCGAGGUUGUCGCCUUGAUUAAACACUCGCAUCGAGCGGUAACACUUACUGUUUUACCACCGCAACAUACGCCUCCUUAAAUGUAUAAUCGUGGGGCGUCGCCCCCUAGGGGGACACCGUUGUCGCCAUCAACCGCACGCCCGUCCGUAACCUGCCACGUCCCGACGUUGUCUCCUUGCUCAAACACUCCCAUCGACCGGUAACACUUACUGUUUUACCACAUAAGAAGUUCCGAGGGGCGACAUAUUCGUUUACUCGACAAAGCCCAUUAAUAAAGGGAAAAAAAAGAAGUUCCGAGCAAUGGGACAUUCCCCUUUAGAGGGACAACAAUCUGCAACUCCCUGAGUUUGUCGCCUUGAUUAUACAAACUUCGUGGUAAAGUCAUCAUAAGUGUUUAAUCAAGCACGCGUCUUUGUGGGGCGUCGCCCCCUAGGGGGACGCCAUAUGGACCACAGAACCACACUUCAAAUCAAGGACUCCUAUCGAGUAGAUACACUGACUGUUUUAUCUCGGCAACUCAUGCACGAGAGGGCUGCAGCCCCCUGUUGACCGCCACUGACUGCUAUGUGUGACAACCUUUAUGGUUAUUGAUUAUUUACAUCCCAUUUAGUUAUUUACAAAAGAAAAAAUGUGUGUAUUAUACAAUUUUAUUUUCAAUAUAAAUCUUCUGUCAGGAAGAUGUAACGUAAAAAAGCUAAUUUUGUGCUUUUUAUGCAUACUACGUGUAAUGAUUACACAAAAAUACCUAAUAAAGUCACGACCAACAUUUUUACUACAUCAAUCGAUUUUUUUAAGACAGAGGGGCAUUCCACAAAAAAGGUCUACUUUGUCGAGAACGAGACGCGUAUACGGCAUCUACCUUAAUACUCGUAACAUGUAGAAAUCGGUAUUAUAUACCGUAGAAUUUAAAUCUUAGUUAUCAAACGUCAUGUCAAUUAUCAGCUUCUUAACUUUAUCAGAAGUGUUUAAAAAAUGGCGUCACGUACCCGACAGUUCUCUGGAAUGCACCAAGAAAUCUAUAAAUCUAGUUUUAAAAACACCGUGCACUGAGACGAUAUUUGUCAUAAAAAUUGACUCGAACUGUUCAUUAGGUACAUAAAAACCUUAGUCAGUAAUGAAAUUAUAGCUUUAAUAAAAUAUUUUAUAAUAAUCAUUUAAAAAUUGAUGGUUGUGGUUUUUGCCAAUGGGUGGAAAGCUAAACGCUAUUUGCAGCUAUUUCGUAUUUUAGAACCGUCCAAAUUACCUUUAGCGUUAUACUUGUACAUGCCGUGCCUUAAACAUACUGUUUUGUAAGUACCAAGGGUAGGGUUAUACAUUUUUUAAUAAAUAAAUAAAUCAUGUUUUAAGCGUAAACAUUUUGUAUCGUAGGUAUCUGCUAUACAUAUGUACUAAUUUAUCAAUGAAGUUAAAAACGGAAUAAAAUGGUUGAAAAAAUUUUUUUACACCACUUGUUAUUUUGUAGAUCACUGUUUUUUUAAAAUGGCGGUCUAUAAUGGUGUUUUUAAAGGGUCUGCAACGCGCAUGUAACUCCUCCGGAGUUGCAGGCGUACAUAGCCUACGGAGACUGCUUACCAUCAGGCGGGCCGUUUGGUCAUUUGCCACCGUCGUGUUAUUAAAAAAAUAUAUACACCGUGGUCCCAUAUAACCCGACAGAUUUUAAAGCUGGAUUUUUACCGCAUUUAGAGACUAAAAUGUCGUUCACAGUUUUCUGGAAUCGAUCUUGUUUUAGAGAAAAAAAACAUACAACCGAAUUGAUAACCUCCUCUUUUGAAAUUUUGAAGUCGGUUAAUAAUGCGUGCGCUGCCACAUGUGACUUAGAGUAUGUCUAAUACUUACAGACAUACAUUAAAGCUUCAAACGAUACUCGCUAAAUGUAUAUGUGACGACCGGUCUGGCCUAGUGGGUAGUGACCUAGUGACCCUGUAAAAAACCGCCGAUGCCCUGUAAAUGAAGCCGAUGGUCCCGGGUUCAAAUCCUGGUAAGGGCAUUUAUUCGUGUGGUGAGCAUGGAUAUUUGUUCCUGAGUCAUGGGUGUUUUCUACGUAUUUAAAUAUUUAUAUAUUAUAUAUAUCGUUGUCUAAGUACCUACAACACAAGUCUUAUUGAGCUUACUGUAGGACUUUAGUCAAUUUGUGUAGUAAUGUCCUAUAAUAUUUAUUUAUUGUGACGACUACAUCGAAAUCUCUGUAAAGCGUGAAGCAUACUUGGUCCUAAUGGGGGCUUAAAACUGGCAUUGCUCAAAACAGAGGGCACAAAAGUCUGUCUAUUUAUUGUUCAUAUACACCGUGGGCACAUAUGACAUGAUAGAUUUUAACCAAAGCUUUUGGUCAAAUUCAGCAAAAAAAAAAUUUUUUGUGUG